AUGAUAUCACGAGUCACUAACGCGGAAAACCCCACCAGCCUAAGAAGGGAGAAAACCGCCUGUUUGCCUUGGCGGUGCGCAGCGCGGUAUAUAAGAGAGUGCAGCGGCAGAGCAGAGCACAGUCGAAGCUGGUCCUCCACACCUGGUCGACAUGAAGAUCGCGGCUGUAGUAGCAGUUGUUGCGGGCUUCUGCCUCCUAGCAGUGAGCGGUGAGCCCGAGCCUGAGGCUGUUGCUGGCUACGUGGGAGGGCAUCACUCAUACCACCCAGUUGUCGUGCACCCCGGGCACUACGGUCAUAACCGCUACGGGAGGAGUGCAGAGCCCGAGCCCGAGGCUGACGCUGAGCCUGGCUACCUAAGCCAUGGCUAUGGUUACCAGAGCCGCCCUUACUACCACAGCUAUUCACAUCUCCACAAGAGGAGCGCCGAGCCCGAGCCAGAGGCCGAAGCUGAGCCUGGCUACCUAAGCCACGGCUAUGGUUACCAGAGCCGCCCUUACUACCACAGCUAUUCACAUCUCCACAAGAGGAGCGCCGAGCCAGAGGCCGAAGCUGAGCCUGGCUACCUAAGCCAUGGCUAUGGUUACCAGAAACGCCCUUACUACCACAGCUAUUCACAUCUCCACAAGAGGAGCGCCGACCCCGAGCCAGAGGCCGAAGCUGAGCCUGGCUACCUAAGCCAUGGCUAUGGUUACCAGAAACGCCCUUACUACCACAGCUAUUCACAUCUCCACAAGAGGAGCGCCGACCCCGAGCCAGAGGCCGAAGCUGAGCCUGGCUACCUAAGCCAUGGCUAUGGUUACCAGAAACGCCCUUACUACCACAGCUAUUCACAUCUCUACAAGAGGAGCGCCGACCCCGAGCCAGAGGCCGAAGCUGAGCCUGGCUACCUAAGCCAUGGCUAUGGUUACCAGAGCCGCCCUUACUACCACAGCUAUUCACAUCUCCACAAGAGGAGCGCCGACCCCGAGGCUGAUGCUGAGCCUGGCUACCUAAGCCAUGGCCAUGCUCCUCAUAGUACUACACCCCUACUUACUACUCUCCCCCCUAUGGAGGUUACGGUUAUUAAGGCGUCGUCGACUGUCCAACCAAUGUAAAACAAUAUACAUCAAAUAAAAAAAUCGCUCCUC